AUGUUGAAUUUUGACAAACAUAAUGACGAUGAAUUUAAUCUCUGUGGCAUUCCUCCUGCCCCUAGAAAAGUUCCACAUAUCAACAUCUGCAUUGACAUUGAUGCCAAUGGUAUCUUGAAUGUUUCGGCUGAGCACAAGACCACUGGUCAAAGGAACAAGAUCACUAUCACUAAUGGAGAGAACAGGUUGUCCAAGAAAGAGAUUCAGAAGAUGCUUCAGGAAGCUGAGAAGUACAAGUCUGAAGAUGAGGACUACAAGAAAAGGGCUGAAGUCAAGAAUACUUUGGAAGAUUGCGCGUAUAAGAUGAGGAAAGCUGGUAAUCUCUCACAGGCAGACGUGGUGGAGAUCGAGGAUUCUAUUGACGAGGCCAUACAGUGGAUGGACAGGAAGGAACUUGAGAGCAUCUGCAACCACACCAUUUCCAUCUUCAGCCGGUGGAAGUGGCGCAGGCCCCAACAUUGAGGAGGUUGAUUAAGUACUACUAAGUUUUUGUACGCAAUCAGGAGUUUGCUCUUGGUUACAUGAACAAACCAUAGCUUACUUGCGCAAUUUUUUUUUAAUUUUCUUACAUGAACUUUUAUGUGUGGGAAGACAUGCAAUAUAUUUAUAGAUUGUGAAGGGCCUUAAAUGUUGGAAUUUAAUCAUCCACCUGCAGGGAAGUAAACUGGUAAUCCACCAUGAUUAUGGGAAGUAAACUUCAAAAUAUCAAUUGAAAUUUAAGAUCAAAGUAGACCAGGACCAU